UUGGGUGCGGAGCUACGUUUAUGGAAGGAUGUGUUAGUGUUCGAAGAAUGGCAAAGCAAAUCGAGAAAAAUUGGUGCAGCAUUGAAGAAAUUUGGCAUCAACCGCGGUGACAAUGUCGCUAUACUGGCGCCUAAUUGUAAUGAGUUUCUAAUCGCUGCAUGGGGCGUCCUCUAUAUCGGGGCUACUGUAGUCUGCCUAAGCUACGAACUAAAAAGUGGGGAGGACAUUUUCAACAAAAUAAAGAGUGCUAAAUGCAGAGGCCUUUUCAUAUAUAAUGAUAACAGUCCUAUUGCAAACAGAGUUAUUGAACGUGUGGUAAAUCAGGAUAAUGAAUUAAACGAAAACACAAAACCAGUGAUAAUUUCCAUUGGGAAGCCCUUUGGUAAUUCCAACUUUUAUGAUGACAUUUUAUUAAUUCCUAAGCAGAUUGAAGUCGACGAUGUCAUCAGGAAUAUGUUACAACAGAAUUGUGAAGACGACGCCUUUAUCGUUCUAACUUCUGGUAGCUCCGGUUCUCCAAAAGCCGUUCCUAUAAGCCACCAAGCCAUGUUGAAUGCAUACUACUUCUCUUGUAGUCUGAGGGGAGGAAUAGAUGACAAAAGUGUGUUUUUCAACGAUCGCCCACUAUCCUGGCUAGGUGGUUUAAAUUUGGCAGUGUGUGUUGCCAGGAUUGGUGUAACGGGUAUAUCCAUUGACACAAGUACAACCGUAAGUGAGAAACAAACUGAGUUCCUACUUGAGUGCCUAAAAUCUGAGAAAUGCACCCAUCUAAUGGCCAUGCCCUACCUAAUGUAUGAUAUCAUCCAUAGUGAUUCCAAGACGAAAUAUAGCAUCGAAAGCCUAGAAACAAUAUUUGUCUGCGGUCAAAAAAUUCCAGAAAAUCUUGUUGAAGGAAUGAAACAUAUUUUUAAAGGUCUAACCGUUGUUAACGCAUAUGGUUCUAGUGAAAUUGGAGGUACCAUGGUGACUACAGCCAUAUCUGAACCACUGGUAGUUAAUGGCCGCGUUACAGUUGGAUUUCCCGUCCCUCACGCUGAAGUGAAAUUGAUUGAUGAAAAUGGUUACAUUGUUCCCAUUAAUCAACCUGGAGAGGUAUGUCUGAGGGGGCAUAACUGGGUCAGCAAGGCUUUUCAAGAUGAACAUGGCUGGUUCCACACAGGUGAUAUUGGGGAGAUGGAUUCAGCUGGAAGACUGUACAUAUUUGGACGUUGCAAAGACAUGAUUAAACGUGGAACGCUUUCAAUAGUUUCAGGUCCACUUGAACAGACCCUUGCUACGAAUGAGAGCAUUGAAGGUGUGUACGUGGUAGGUGUACCAGAUGAAAGACUCUAUGAGGAGAUAUGUGCUUGCAUUGAAGUGAAACCCGAUGCCAACCUUACUGCUGAAGAUAUGAGAAACUGGUGUGAUGAGGUGUUCACUGAAGAGGGAACAGCAGAUGGCAAAAGCAUGGCGCCAAAAUACUUUGUCUUUGUUGACAGCUUUCCUCUCCGACCAAAUGGCAAACUUGAUAGGAUUCAGUUGAGAGCUACAGCAAUGAAACAACUUUGCCUGUCAUAACUACUAAGGUACGAGAAGAGUUGACUGACAGAAUUGACUCUUUGAUCAGAUGGCAAUGUUUAUGGAGAACAAUGAAAAGCGACAGCAAUGAAUCAACUUCAUGCCACAUGCCACAAAGAAGUACGGAAGUGCAAUUCGAUGUACUUUUAUCAGAAGACAUAUAAUGUUUUCUUAAAAACCACUUAAAUAAUGUACAGUUGUGACAAAGAAGAGUGCAUUCUUUUCUACUUUUAAAGGAUGGGAAUUUGGCAAGCUAUUCAAAACGAGUGUGGCACAAUAUAAAUGUACUUGUACUCUUCUUUUGUUACUGUACAUUCUUUAAAAUAAAAUUCACAAUUUAUA